AUGUGUGUGUUGGUUUCUCAGAGGUCAGAUCAGAAGGAUGUAGUGACCGCUGCCGAUUUUGACAGGAAGUUGGCCGAGACAGAUGCGUACCUCCAAAUCAUGUUGAACCAGGUUCAGGCUCUGGAAACAAGGAUCGAGACAUGUGAGGAUCUGGCAGCCAAAGAAAAAUACAAUGUGAUCAAAGUUACCGCUGAGGCAAUGAUUGAAGCAAUCAAACACUCCAUUGUCAUGCUACAGAUCUCUAAGGAGAGUCUGAAUGGUCCGGUGAUGAAUGGCACUGUGCAUGAAUCCAUCCUUACCACAGGGGCAGACUUCAACCAUUUCGGUGGUACCAGAGGGGUCUCAGAAGCAGACCCUUCCUCCAGUGCAUCCCCAGUUUCUCCACGUUUUCCAGAAACUUCAUAUUCCAGCAGUGAGGAUGAAGAUUUCUUCGAUGCAGAAGAAUUCAAAAACUCAGCAGGAAGCCCGCUGCGACAUGGAGGUGAAAAGUCUGAUCCCAUUAAACCGUCAGAUGCAGACGGCGUAGAUGGGGCGGAAACAGCAGACAGUGGUGGGGGGAUAUGUCAGCAGGUGAUAAAAGCUGAGGACGAUUACUACGAUGAGUUGUACGAUGAACAAGACAAAGAAGAUUUGGGAUCCCUGGAGAAGCAUGGCAGCAUCAUCGCCCAUCUGUUGUCCCAGGUCAGGAUCGGAAUGGACCUGACAAAAGUCGUCCUUCCUACGUUUAUCCUGGAGAGGCGGUCUCUACUGGAAAUGUACGCCGACUUCUUCGCUCACCCGGACCUGUUUGUUAAGUAUGUAUGA